AUCACUUUACCCUGAUUCUCUCCUGACUCCUGAGCACCCAGGGUUCCUUCACGGGGCCUCCUCUCCUUCCUGAUGGCUCUGCUGGUCUCACUUCCUGGAGGGAUUCCAGACAUGUCUUCGGUCCUGCUUCUGCUGCUGGCAGCAGCCUGCCUGCAAGCUGGGAACUCAGCAGGAUACAACAGAGGAAAUACCUUUGGUAUCAACCAACCAGCACGCCUCUCUGGUGUCCAGGGCGGCUCCAUCGAGAUUCCCUUCUCCUUUUACUUCCCCUGGGAGUUGGCGAAGGAUCCACAGAUGAGGAUUAUCUGGAGAUGGAAGCAGUUCCAUGGGGAAUAUAUCUACAUCUCCUCCUCGGGUUUCAUACAUGAGCAUUUCAAGAACCGGCUCAUCCUGAACUGGACAGAGCCUCAGACAUCCGGAGUCCUCAGAAUCCUGGACUUGAAGGAGAAGGACCAGACAGUGUACUUCUGCCAAGUCCGUCUGAACACAAAACAUCGCAUAGAGCAGUGGCAGUCACCUGGUGGGACCCAACUCAACAUCACCCCAAGGAAGCACAUCCCAGCAGUCAGCACCCCCAUGCAGAGCCCCUCCAUCGUCACCUCUGCAGUCACCUCGGCUGGACUGGAGGACACAGAGGGCCAGAGGAAUCCUUCACUUGUGAACCUGGGAGCCACGGUCGGGGUGGUGGUGGCCACGGCUGUGCUCAUAACCCCCGUCUAUGUGAUGCUGAUCUUCCUCUGGUGGAAGAAAAGGCCAGCAGACUGAAGCUGAACCCCAGCCAGGUGAACAGCUGUCAUCCCAAGGAGCAGGCACAGCACUGUCUGCUUGUCCCCAGCUACCAGAAAACCAGGGGCCAGCAUCGCUCACCAGGGGGGUGAGUUUCCAUCAAAGUAGGAUUUGCUGGCCACACUUGCUGUAUAUCAAGCCCUUCCCUGACCACAGCCUGGAAAUCAGAGAGCAGGGCUGCAGGCCUGUGCUGUGAAACAUCUGUCCAUGGACAGGUACAGAAGAGAACCCCACUUCUGCCACGUGUGCUCUGAUUUCCUUUCCUUGGAACCCAGUCAGCUUGUCUUUGCUGGUCCUGGGAUCCCAACUCUGCUGUUUCCUAUCUGUCCAUGGAAUUAAUAACACUUUUUAAUAAAUAUCCUACU